UCAAAAUCGUUUAGUUUCGUUUGUGAGAAGACUUCUUGUUAUUGUGAUUUUUUUUUUUUUUUGACUAGUCUUCUUAACCCAAAAAAAAAGAAGAAGAAAGAGUCUAAUCAUAUAAUAUUAGAGAGAGAGAGAGAAAUAAAAGAAAAUAUGAAGAAGAAAACAUCAGGAAGAGUGUCAUGGGCAUCAGAGAGUAGGCUUUGUCAGGUAAAGAUGUUUCUAACUGAAGAUUGUCCCGCUAAAGUUUCAUCAUCCAAUCUUCUUCCUCCUGGAUUUGAAGCUACUGUGUUUCCAUCCACGCGUAACAACAACAUUCCUCGUAUCAAAUGGAAACGCCCCCCUAAGUUUAUCAUUAAUGAUGCUUUGCUUGUCGGGAGUGGUGGUGACAGCACCGAAACUCUUUCUGAGAACUUGAGGAUUUCUAAAGUCUUGGAAGCCUUCUAUCCCCAUCGCUCUGUCAUCCCUACUCGUCCUUCCGUCUCAUCCGCUGUAGCAGAAGCACACUACGACGACAGCACUACUCCUAGUAUCCCUCUCGCUUUCAUUGAAGACGAACCUGAGCCUCCUUUACAAUCUUCUCAUGAUUUCAAUGCUGUCUCUCUUCUUGGACCACAGUUGAGUCUCGCUGCUUCUGCAGCUUUGUCUUCGUUAACCAAGGAACAGGGCUCUCAGGUCGAUGCUCAUUUACUUGUCAAGUUACUCAGUGACCCCAUUAUCGUCCACAACCUGUUGAAUGGUAAACCACUUGAAACUGCUAAUCAUGUUACUACUCCAAACACUGACUUCGCCAAACCUACUACACGUGCCAUGGACACAACAAACCCACCUCCUCCUAUUGGUGUGCCUCAUAACGUACCUGUUUCUGUUCAAUCCUGUGCUACAGAUCCCCCACUCCCCAAACCCACUUUGCCCAUGUCCACUGCUCUGUCAAUGAAACCGCCGACCCUGGUUGUUCACACCUAUCCAUUGUCUUCUGGGAUCAAACCAUUGCCAAGACUCGAAGAUUCUUCUUACACAGCUGCUCCCUUGAAACCAAGCCCAGUUGAUAAUGCUCUAGUCUCGGAACAAAACAAACAACAACCCCUUAACAUGUCGUCCACUUGGGACAUGAACAGGGGACCAGAAUCAGCAGCGCAAACUGAAACAGCUCCUCAAAUCCGUAAUGGUAAUACAAACCGGGAUGAUCAGGUGUCUGCAGAACCCGUGAAAAAUCAAGACUACUACAAGAACCUCAUUAGGGAACAUGGGGUAGUCAGUCCGGCAACAAAUGAAAAUAACAAUUACAAAGGUAGAGUUGAUGAUAACAUGAAAGUCGUAAAGGUUAAUAAGAUUCAGAAACCGUGCAUGUUCUUUAACAGACCCAAAGGGUGUAGGCUGGGCGAGAGUUGCUUGUAUCUUCACGGACGCUCUAAAAGGUCGUGGACUGAUGUUGCACCUCGCUUUCCCAGAGCUAAGAGACUCAAGUUUGGUUCGUAAAACAACUACGGGUAUCACUCACGUCAAACUUAACCCCAAUCGAUUCAUGUCUGAAAUAUUGGUAAAUAGCUUCAUCCAAAUUCUGACAAGUUUGUUUGACAAGUUUCCCAAAGUUAGUCAUCCGUCUUCUUUUUCUUCUCUUUUUGCCGUUACAUUCUUUUGGCCAUCUACAAGGUUAACACUUCUAACACUUCGACCAAGGGUUUUGAGACGGAAUUAAACCGUUUACUUCUAGGCUUUUAGCACACGGAUUAUGAUAAUUUAAUAAUCCUAAGAACAAUGGUGGUGAUAUCUCUAAACCCUUAAUUCAA